CCUUUAUUCCUUUCUGAUUUCCCAAUCAACAAUUUACGCUGUAAGUCAAUCAUUCAUUUUAUGGUUCCUUUUUCGGUCCUUCUCAACCAGUAAUUGCACAGAGAGUAAUCCAGGAGAGCAAGUCAAUGUUAGAAAACAAGCAUUUGGCAUCUAGGGUUUUCUAACCCACAUCAAAUUAAUGGGAAGCAAAGAAGACACAUCAAUUUCUGACUUGGAGGAGGAAAUUUUCCACAAAUUCAGAGAUUUCAUGACAGGGAUUACAAAGAUUGAUGAGUUGGGAAUUGCUGGAAACAAGCUGCUGUCUGGCUUUCAACAAGCACUUGAGUUUAUUCGGAGGCUUCCUAUAGAUACAGAUUCUAAAUUAGUCAACAAGAUAAUUGAAGCUAAUGAAACUAAGAGAGUCAAAGCCUAUGUUAAUGCUGGAUGCAGGAAGCCCAAUGACAGUGUCCAGAGUGUAGCAAACUUGCACUCAUGCAAACAUGGACUCCUUAACAAUAUAAGCAAAGCUAAGGAAAUACUUAAUGAACUUGAAGAUUUAUUGGGGGAUGUAACAAGGGCUGGACAGAGUAUACAUGUUGAAUUGAAUGAGCAGGCAAUCUAUAAGAAUUUGGAGGAAAAUGAUCCUUUGUCUAACGCUCAAGGUCCUGAUGUUAUAACUACCAACAAAAAUACUGAUAUCACACAUUUAGCUGCCCUAAUGGCUUUUAUAUAUAGCAUGGUCAAGCAAGACUGUUUGAUGCAGGAAAAGAUUGUGUCUGCUUUAGAUCUCAAGUUGUCAUCACAAGAGCUUGAAAGCUACUGCCAAAUGUGGUCUUUGCGGCCCUUCAUAGAUGAUGAGAUCAUGCAUCAAGCUUGGGAACAUAUUCACUGAACUGUCUUUUGUUUCUUAUUACAAAGAAUCAGUUACCAUUAGGCUGGAUAAACAUUUAAUGCUAUAGAAGCAACAAUACUUUUCUGGAAUUUUAUUUUAUUUGGGGGUUGUAUGGCUCUAAUACCAUGUAAAAGAAUGGAUUAUACUUUUAUUCCUUUAGGAGACAUAGUUUAUAUACACAAAUGGGUGCCUACAAUUUCUCUUAGGAUUGUGCCUCUCAUGUUAUAACCACUGAUAUGCUACUGAUAUUAUUUACAGCAUGUCUAAUUACAGCCAUUAAAGAAAUUAGAUUUGAUAUGC